AUAUUAGGGUAUUAAGUGAACUAAUCAGAUCUCGCAUCUAAAGCUUGCUUUCGCGUCUUGUUCCAAGCGAGAGUUUAGGAUUCAAGACCGACACGCAUAGGGAACAAGAUCACGAUAGUGAGUUGUUCCAGCUGAGUGAUCUGAGUUCUAGACCGCAUUUCAUCGCACUUGAAUAGUUGUUCAGUUCUGCAAUUAACAUCCGAUCAUUGACCCUAAGCUAGCUUCAUUUAAAUUGAAUUCAAAUUACCUAGGCAUUCUUGUUACUUUUGUCGCAAUUAAUUCUCAAAACCCACUUGUUUCUCAGCUUGAUAUUAAACUCAUAAGAAUAAAGAGUAAACUGGUCCUCUGGAUUGAAUCUCAAAUACUAUAAUUACCACUGUUAACUUGACAGUAGCAAGGAUUCAUUUUUAGUGUAUCAACCGGUCACAUAGCCGGAUUGGAUCUCAGAGUUAUUAAAUUGAUAAAAACUAUCAAACAUUUAUAAAAACAUAAAACUUGUUUAUAUUUAUAAUAUUUUAUGCUUUAAAUUCAUUUAUAUUUUAACUAUGUAUCAUAUUUACUAACAUUACUUUUAAAUUUAUAUACUAAAAUAUAUUCGACGAGAUUAUUGAACCAGGUUUGACCCGGUCAAAACAUAUUGUACCGUGACUCAAAAACUAUCCGGUUCAGCUUCCGUUCUGGUUUAAAAAAUACUGAGUGAAUGAUAUUAAAACUCUAAACAUCCACCUAGGGGUGGACAUUUUACCCGAUACCCGAACCCGUAUCCAAACCUAUCCGAAAAUCCGAUCCGAAAUCUGAACCGAAUUAGCAAGAUAACCGAACGGGUAUUGAAUUAGAAGAGAUUAGAUAUCCGAACCCGAACGAAUAUCCGAAGAUAACCGAACAUAUGUAUUACUAACCCUAUAUUUGUAGUUUAUAUCUUUCAUUUUAUUUAAAGUAUUGAUAGUACACAUAUUUUAAGUUCGUAUAAUAUGCAUAUAAUUACAGAGGAAAUGAUUUGCUACUUAACUAAAAUGCAUGCCAAUUUUUUUUGUUUCAAGAAUUAACAAAAGUUACAUCCGAAAUUUUAAAACAAUAACCAAAUUAGUGUCUUUUUAGUUUUAAAAUGUUAUGUCCAGAUCUAUUAAUCAUUCAAUCUAUUAAAAAAUAAAAAAUCAGUUAAGUGAAAGUUAUAUUUUUAAAUACAAGAAACUUGAAAAAUAAAUUUUUAAAUUUUUUCUUUCAAAAUCUAAAUAUACGAACCCGAUCCGAAACAACCGAAUCCGAACUAAAAAUACUCGUACCCGAUCCGAAGUACAUAAAUACCCGAACAGGUUCUACACCUCUAUACCAAAAAUCUGAAAUAUCCAAAAUAUCCUACCCGAACCCGAACGGAUAUCCGAACACCCACCACUACAUCCACCUUUGGAAACAUUUUCUCGAUUACUAAUUAGUCCUUUAGAAGUUGAAUAUGUCAAACGCUAGAAUAAAAGAAAGCAAAAUAAUCGGAACAAGGAUGAUUUUAAGGGACAUGCAUACAUUUAGAGAAAACAUGAGUAAGUUCCAAAAAUAUUCCGUGCUAUUUUUGGAAGCGCAACAGAAGUCUCAUCUCUAUAUAACCAUGUUUCCAUCGUUCAAAUUUCUUUAAGCCCGCUGCUCUAGAGUUCACUAUCAUGCUUUAGGAAUUUCCUUUUUUUUUUCAUUUUGGAAAAAAAAACAAAAAAAAAAACAAAAACAGUCUGUUACUAUUCGUUUUUAUUACUUCAUUCCCACGAAAGUGGAAAAAAACAAAACUAAUUCUAUAAUGUCACGUUUAGUAUACUUAGUCUUCUUGCUAGCAGUGGCAAAAGCUAGCAGGAACACUUUACAGGAAAAGACUGAAGUCGACGCAGGAAAGCCCAAGUUAGCAGGUAUCAUAGUAAAAGCUAGCAGGAAGACUUUACCCCAAAAUACUAAAGUCGACGCAAAAAAAGAGUCCACGUUAGAAGUCACAAUAAAGCUACCAAGGAAUGUAACCAUUCCGGGAGUCAUAGCAUUUGGGGAUUCAAUAGUGGAUAGUGGAAACAAUAACAAUCUCCGUACAAUAUUGAAAUCUAACUUCCCUCCGUACGGUCAAGAUUUUCGGGGUAAAUUUGCUACCGGAAGAUUUACUGAUGGAAGAGUUCCAUCUGAUUUCGUGGCCGAAAGGUUAGGAAUAGCUAAAACAAUACCAGCAUACUUAGAUCCUGCGCUGAAAGGCAAGGAUCUUCUAAAGGGUAUAAAUUUUGCUUCGGGUGGUUCUGGUUACGAUCCUUUGACAGCUAAAAUAGUGAGAGUGGUAUCCUUAGAGGAUCAAUUAAAAUAUUUUCAAGAGUAUAAAGAAAAAAUAAAAGCAAUAGUUGGGGAGGAGAAAGCUAAAUUUAUGGUGGAAAACAGCCUUUAUCUCGUCGUUGCCAGCAGUAAUGAUUUAGCUCAUACCUAUAUCGCACGUUCUCUCAGAUAUAACAGCACUGAAUAUCCUGAUUAUUUGGCUGAUAUGUCUUCUAAAUUUGUGAAAAAGCUAUAUGGACUUGGAGCCCGAAGAAUUGCAGUAUUUAGUGCAGUUCCGGUUGGAUGUUUACCAUCACGCAGAACUCUUAAUGGAGUAAAGAGAAAAUGCUCGGAAAACCUAAACAAGAUGGCUCUUCAGUUCAAUGCAAAACUAUCUCCAGCAUUGGUGGCUUUACGAAAAAAGUCACCGGGGAGUAAAAUUGUACUUGUUGACGUAUAUGACAUUCUUCAUAACAUGAUUGAAAAUCCUAAAAAAUAUGGAUUUGAAGUGGCAAACAGAGGGUGCUGUGGAACAGGACUAUUUGAAGUCUUAAUACUGUGCAACAAAAUCAAUCCUUUUACAUGCAAAAAUGCAUCUUCGUAUGUUUUCUGGGACAGUUACCAUCCAACUGAAAAAGCUUACCAAGUAAUUGUUGAUAAGUUGUUAGGCAUAUACAUUCCGCAACUAGUUUAACUAUAGUCAUUUUGUAAUAUACUGUACUAGAUAUCUGUCUAGCACACUGCAGAAAUAUAAGAAACAAAAUAAUGUUUUUGAUAAUAUGUAAAAUUUCGUUUGAAACAAUAUUUUUAGCAGUU